UGUCCCGACCUGCCUGGCCUCCCUCUGCCCGCACCCCCUGAUCCUCCCGUGCUCUCUCUCAGGUCCUUUCCCCAGGGCCCGGUGCAAGAUCUCUGGUCGCCUGUGUCCCUUCCUCCCACUUCUCUCCUUUCCCGUCCUUUGCUCUCCUCCUGGCUUGUCUCUAACCGUGGGGAUUCUCCUCGUUUCCAGUACUGGCCACCUCUGGACGCCGCCUUGCAUUUGGCAUUUGGAUCUGCCGUGCUCCAGAGAACAGCUUCUUCAGGUGUCUCCUGAGCCGCGUCCUCACUGUCCAGCGGAGUGGGAGCCGAAACCCGUCGCCUGAUCAGAAGGACUGACCGGGCUUGCUGGGCGGUGGACAUCCCAGGCCCCUCCCCCCGGGCCCCUGUGGACAGGGCGGGGCCGGGUGAGCAGGCAGCCAGGCUAUGGUUUGGUGCCUCAGUCUGGCCAUCCUCAGCCUGAUCAUCAGCCAGGGGGCUGACGGUCACGGGAAGCCUGAGGUGGUGUCGGUGGUGGGCCGGGCUGGGGAGAGCGCCGUGCUGGGCUGUGACUUGCUGCCCGCGGCUGGCCAGCCCCCGCUGCACGUCAUUGAGUGGCUGCGCUUUGGGUUCCUGCUCCCCAUCUUCAUCCAGUUCGGCCUCUACUCUCCCCGCGUGGACCCAGAUUACGUGGGGCGAGUCCGCCUGCAGAAGGGGGCGUCUCUCCAGAUCGAGAGGCUCCGGGUGGAAGACCAGGGCUGGUACGAAUGCCGCGUGCUCUUCCUGGACAAGCACAGCCCCGAAGACGAUUCCGCUAACGGCUCCUGGGUGCACCUCACAGUCAAUUCACCCCCUCAAUUCCUGGAGACGCCUCCUCAGGUGCUGGAGGUGAAGGAACUGGAGCCCUUGACCUUGCGCUGUGUGGCCCACGGCAGCCCCCAGCCUCAUGUGACUUGGAAGCUCCGAGGACGGGACCUCAGCCAGGGCCAGGGCCUGAUGCAGGUGCAGAACGGGACGCUGUGGAUCCGGCGGGUGGAGCGAGGCAGCUCGGGGAUCUACACCUGCCAGGCCUCCAAUUCUGAGGGCAGCACCACCCACGCCACGCAGCUGCUUGUGCUAGGACCCCCAGUCAUCGCGGCACCCCCCAAGAACAGCACGGUCAAUGCCUCCCAGGAUGUUUCCUUGGCCUGCCGGGCCGAGGCGUACCCUGCCAACCUCACCUAUAGCUGGUUCCAGGACAGCGUCAAUGUCUUCCACAUUAGCCGCCUGCAGUCGCGCGUGCGGAUCCUGGUGGACGGGAGCCUGUGGCUGCAGGCGGCCCAGCCUGAUGAUGCCGGCCGCUACACCUGCGUGCCCAGCAACGGCCUCCCGCACCCGCCUUCAGCCUCAGCCUACCUCACUGUGCUCUACCCAGCCCAGGUGACAGCGAUGCCUCCUGAGACGCCCCUGCCCAUAGGCAUGCGAGGGGUGAUCCGGUGCCCAGCUCGUGCCAAUCCCCCGCUGCUCUUCGUCAGCUGGACCAAGGAUGGGCAGGCCCUGCAGCUGGACAAGUUCCCCGGCUGGUCCCAGGGCGCAGAAGGCUCGCUGGUCAUUGCCCUGGGGAAUGAGGAUGCUCUGGGGGAAUACGCCUGCACCCCUUACAACAGCCUUGGCACGGCAGGGCCCUCCCCAGUGACCCGAGUGCUGCUCAAGGCCCCCCCAGCUUUUCUAGAACGGCCCAAAGAAGAAUAUUUCCAAGAAGUAGGGCGGGAUCUACUCAUCCCCUGCUCUGCGCGAGGAGACCCUCCUCCGACGGUCUCUUGGGCCAAGGUGGGCCGGGGGCUGCAGGGCCAGGCCCAGGUGGACAGCAACAGCAGCCUCCUCCUGCGACCACUGACCAAGGAGGCCCAUGGGCGCUGGGAGUGCACCGCCAGCAAUGCCGUCGCCCGCGUGGCCACCUCCACGAACGUCUACGUGCUGGGCACCAGCCCCCACGCUGUCACCAACGUGUCCGUGGCGCCCUUGCCCAGGGGUGCCAACGUCUCCUGGGAGCCUGGCUUUGAUGGCGGCUAUCUGCAGAGAUUCAGCGUCUGGUACACCCCAUUGGCCAAGCGUUCGGACCGAGCCCACCACGACUGGUUGUCCCUGGCGGUGCCCGUGGGGGCCGCUCACCUCCUUGUGCCAGGGCUGAAGCCCCACACCCAGUACCAGUUCAGUGUCCUGGCUCAGAACAAGCUGGGCAGCGGGCCCUUCAGCGAGAUCGUCCUGUCUGCCCCUGAAGGGCUUCCUACCACACCAGCUGCCCCCCCACUUCCUGUCACAGAGAUGCCGCCGCCCCUGUCCCCGCCCCGAGGUCUGGUGGCAGUGAGGACACCCCGGGGGGUACUGCUGCACUGGGAUCCCCCCGAAAUGGUCCCUCAGAGACUGGAUGGCUACAUCCUAGAGGGCCGCCAAGGCGCCCAGAGCUGGGAGGUGCUGGACGGGGCCGUGGCGGGCGCGGAGGUGCAGCUGCUGGUGCCUGGCCUCAUUAAGGAUGUCCUCUACGAGUUUCGCCUCGUGGCCUUGGCCGGCGGCUACGUCAGCAGUCCCAGCAACUCGGCCAACGUCUCCACCUCUGGCCUGGAGGUCUACCCAUCCCGCACCCAGCUGCCAGGCCUCCUGCCACGGCCCGUGCUGGCUGGCGUGCUGGGUGGGCUCUGCUUCCUGGGGGUGGCCGUCCUCGUGAGCAUCCUGGCUGCUUGCCUCACCAGCCGCCGCAGGGCUGCCCGCCGCCGCCGCCACUGCAAGCGCCUCCGCCAAGAUCCACCUCUUCUCUUCUCUCCACCCCGGUUGUCAUCUCCACUCUCUGCUCCAGGCUCGGGCAGUCCUGACAGCGUGGCCAAGCUGAAGCUCCGGGGUUCCCCAGCCCCCAGCCUGCGCCAGAGCCUGCUCUGCGGGGAGCCUGCUAGGACCCCCAGCUCCCCUCCAGGCCCUCCACCGAGCCAGGGGCCCUUGCCCCUGGAGCCCAUUUGCCGGGGACCAGAUGGGCGCUUUGUGUUGGGACCCAACGUGGAGACCCCCCAAGAAAGGCCAGGUCCCGAGCAGGCUGAAGCUCGGACCCCAGCCUGGCACCAGGCCAGGUCCUAUGACUGCAGCAGCAGCAGCCCCACAGGGCUGCCCCAGCCCCUCUGCAUUACAGACAUCAGCCCUGUGGGGCCCUCUCCCGCCGCCCCGCCCAGCCCCCUGCCGGGAACGGGCCCCCUGCUGCAGUACCUGAGCCUGCCCUUCUUCCGGGAGAUGAAUGUGGAUGGUGACUGGCCCCCUUUGGAGGAGCCUGCUUCUGCUGCACCCCCAGAUUACAGGGACAUCCGGCCCUGCCCGCCCUCAUCUCUCCUUCAGCCCCUGGAUUCCCCUCCUGCAUCCCCCCGGGCAGGGCUUCCUGGGGCUGUGGUCAGGGCUGGGGCUGCCCCCGAGGGCCCGUACACAGCGCUGGCCGACUGGACACUGAGGGAACGGCUGCUGUCCGGCCUUCUCCCUGCCGCCCCUCGGGGCAGCCUCACCAGCCAGAGCAGCGGGCGGGGCAGCGCCUCUUUCUUGCGGCCCCCCUCCACCGCCCCCUCAGCCGGAGGCAGCUACCUCAGCCCCGCUCCGGGAGACACCAGCAGCUGGGCCAGCGGCCCGGAGAGGUGGCCCCGGAGGGAGCAUGUGGUGACCGUCAGCAAGAGGAGGGACACAUCUGUGGACGAGAACUAUGAAUGGGACUCAGAAUUCCCUGGGGACAUGGAAUUGCUGGAGACCCUGUGCCUGGGCCUGGCUGGCCCUCGGCCCGGACCUGAAGCGGAGCCAGAGCUAGGUGCAAAGACUCCAGAGGUGGGCUGCCUCCUGGGCACGGCCCCGGCGCCGGGCCCCGAGGCCCGCUGUGCUGCCCUGCGGGAGGAAUUCCUGGCCUUCCGCCGCCGCCGAGACGCCGCUAGGGCCUGGCUCCCCGCCUAUCGACAGCCGGUCCCCCAUCCUGAACAGGCCACGCUGCUGUGAACACCCUCAUGGGAGGCAGCGUGAAGGCACAGGGCCCCUGUGAAGGAGGCUCCAGCCAGACCCAGCUCCGCCUGGGAAACUGCCCCCGCCCCGUCGAGGCCCAGGCACAGAGCCUGAUGGUGGGCUGGGGUGGGCGUGGUGCGGGAUGUGUGUGCUGAGCCUGGGGACUAGAGCAGGGAUCCUAGGUCUGCUGGAGGGCGUGUGUGUGUGUGUGUGUGUGUGUGUGUGUGUGUGUGUGUGUGUUUGUGGUGUGGGUGAGGUUUUAUACAGGUGAAUAAAGAAAGU